AUGUACACUACCCUCCCUCUCCUCCUCGCCUUAUCCAUCUUCUACACAAAUGCAGCCCUCUACCACCCCACCAUUCAAAUCUCUCUCCUCGAACACAUCCUCGUCGAUAACUGGGGCGCCUACGCCUCAAACUUCUCCUCUGCAAUCGCACCCUGCGACCGCUAUGUAACGCAAACCGGAACCGCAGCUCUAACCAGCGGCCGCACAACAGCUGCACAAUGGAUACGCGUCAUGUUCCACGAUUUCAUCACCGCUAACGUGAGCGCUGGAACAGAUGGUUUGGAUGCGAGUAUAGGAUUUGAGACGGCGCGGGAGGAAAACAAGGGCAGUGCGUUUAACGACAGUUUUACGUUUUGGAGACCGUUUGUUAAUGGGGCUGUAUCAAUGGCCGAUCUCAUAGCCCUCGGAACAGUAAUGUCAAACAACCUCUGCGGCGGAGCACAAAUGCCGUACCGCGCCGGUCGCAUCGAUGCCGCCUCCGCAGGUAUCACAACCGGUGUGCCCGCCCCAGAAACCUCGCUCGAGGAAACUCUCACCUUCUUCGACCGCGCGGGCUUCAACGCCCAAGACGCCAUUGGCCUCACAGCUUGCGGUCACACAAUGGGUUCUGUACACCACGGCGGCUUCCCGGACGUCGUAGAUGACUCAUUCGUGACGCCGAAUAACACAAACGGCGGCAGUAACUUUGACACCUCACGCGCUGUGUUCGAUGCAAAAGUCGUAGGCGAAUAUGUGCAUUGGACGGGGAAAAAAGGCGGGCCCUUAGUUACGUCGUAUAACGAUAGUAUGAAGUCUGAUCUCCGGUUGUAUGAGAGCGAUGGUAACGCUACUAUGCGCGCGUUGUUGGAGAAAGGAGAUGGGUUUUUGGAUGCGUGUGUGGAGCUUAUGCGGAGGGCGAUUGAUACGGUGCCUGGUGGUGUGCGACUUGGUGAAGAGAUUGCGGCUCUGGCGGUUAAGCCGGUUAAUGUGACGUUUGACUUUGAUGGGCAGGGGAAGUUGGUGCUUUCGGGGAGGAUUAGAGUGCUGAAUAAGGCGGGAGAGGAGAGGCCGAGAUCACUUCGGCUUGGUUCAGGCGAGGAUGAGGUUGGUGUGGAAAUUACUGCUGAAGCAGAGACUGGUCAGUCUGUAUUUGGGAGAGGGAGUGGUGGGUAUGGAGUUACAACUUAUUUCCCCUUUUCGCUCACUGGGCCAUCCACAAGGAAUGCUACUUCCUUCUCUGUGAGCGGCGCGGGCGUACAGCAAACGUUUUCUGUCAGCAGCCAGAGUUUCGUUGUACCAAGCCUGACCUCUCUGCAGAGGAUAUCACUCAACGCUACGGUUGCGAUACCGACGUCGAGCUCCUGCGACGAUUUGACGGUACGUGUUGCAGCACCCUUUUCGCAACCAGGAACCUUGGCGCCGAAGAUGAGCGAGGAGCAUAUUUCGAUGGCCGAAGCUACGAACAAGGCCGACGGGUAUAAGCUUUGUGCGGGUACCGAACUCUUGGAUCAGUUGCCAACCGGCUUGCUCAUCGUUGAAGCUUCAAUAGGAGAAACGAUUGUUGAUUCACUGUUAGUCGAUGGAGGCAUGGCAGGAUGGUAA